AUGCCACCAGCCAUUCUGGUCAAAGUACGCAAUUAUCUCAAACCGGAUGGCGACAGAAAUGCCCUUAGAAUUCGCAGGCGAAGGAAGCUCGUAGGUGCCUUCUGGGCAGGUCUGUCAUCCCUCAUCGUUGCGUUACUUGUAGCGGGAUACUUGUGGAUGGUCGCCAUACCCUUGCCUACACUUGGGCAAAGGGCAUACAUCGACGAGAACGCACUGCAACCAGGUCAAGUCAACACAUAUUGGAGCUGGGAGGAUGUUCAUCGCGCAGACCGGUUUCUUGAGGCGUUGGAGCAGCUACGAGACAGAAACGCGUCGAGAGCCGAGAUCGCUGACUACUUAGUGACGGAAUUCCGUAAAGCAGGGUUGGCCGCCGAUACUCAGGAGUAUGCAUUCACCACUACAAGCGAAUCCAAGACCGGUGUAAACACAUAUGCCAUCUUCUCGUCUCCUCGUGCCUCUCGCACUGAAGCCAUGAUCAUCAGCGCCUCUUGGCUUAGCAGGACUGGUGAAGGUGAUGGCACGCUGAACCUGCGAGGGGUGUCUACUGUUCUAUCGCUCGCCUGGUUCCUAAGGGGCUACUCGCUUUGGGCGAAGGACCUUAUUUUUGUUGUCAGCGAUGGCUACUUGGACGGCAUGCAAGCAUGGGUCACAACGUAUCAUGGUGUUUUGCAGCCAAAUAUACAGGCUGAACCUCUGAGAUUGUCAUCCGGCGUGAUAUGGACGGCUUUGAACAUCGAUUACCCUGGGCACUCGUUUUCACAUCUCGGUGUAUUCUUCGAGGGCCUCAAUGGCCGUCUCCCAAAUCAGGACCUCAUCAAUUCUUUCCAGCGGAUCUCUCAAUACACAGGAGGCGUACCGAUGAUCGUCUAUGACCACCAAGACUCCGAAGAUGGUCUCGGCCUCCCUCCCUGGACUCCAGGCUCUAUUAAAGACAAUGACCAGUUGAAGGAAUAUGCCCGUCGGGCCAAGAAUAUCGUGCGACACGUUGGGUAUCAGGCUAGAGGCCAAGCAAGUGGUGUACAUGGUUUGCUCCACCAAUUCCGCAUUGAUGCCAUCACGUUAUUUGCUGUCCCUGCGGCAGGCCCCCAUGGUUUCCAUGCCAUAGGCCGGAUCGUCGAGUCAACUCUGAGGACCAUGAAUAACUUACUGGAGCGCCUUCACGCGUCAUUUUUCUUUUUCCUUCUCGUGGGCCCCACCACAUUCCUGAAGAUCGGAAGCUUCCUUCCAAGCGCGGUUCUGAUAAGUGUAGCCAUGAUGUUCUGUGGGCUGCAAGGAUGGGUGAAGGCUGGCUGGGCAUGGGUGAUAGGCGAGGCACCGGACAACACUCCGGGCGAGAAAAUUGUGCGCGACGGUCGUUGGUCGCGCCGACGAAGGCCUGUCCUGAAGGCAAUAGUAGUCAUGGCCGCAACUCAUGCCCUUGGGGCUGUCGUGUUCUACCUCUCGACGCGCGAAUGGUAUCACUCAUCGGUUGCGCCUCUUGCCGUGUUCAGCCUGCCCGUCCUUCUUCCUCUUCCGUCGUUGCUGCUUCCCAGCAAAGAACCGACCCAGGAGGCACCACUCUCCGUGAUGCUGAAGUCGCUGAACCUCUGCCUCACUUCAACGGUGAUAUCUAUUCUCUCUGUCCUCAAUUUCUCCCUCGCCGCGGUCAUGGCUUUCUUGACAGGCGUGCCGCUAUGCUACGCCUCCUCUUCGCCUCGCGCGGGACUCCGCAUAUUGAAAUACGCGGCAUAUACGGCCCUAGCAUUUGGGUGGAUAGUGCUGCAGCGAGAGGAGGUGUUGAAGGCGGUCGCGAACUGGGAGUUGCUGGGAGUGUGGUUCGCACCAUUCGUAUGCAUCGUGUACGCGCCGUUAGUGUUACAGUCAGCACUUGUAUGUCUCUUGCCCAGCGAAAGCCAAUGA